AUGUCGUCUGUUACUCAACUACUGCUUCUCAUGCUGUGCAUCUGCCAUUCUGCCAUUGCUCGAGCAAGGCUGGAUGAUGCGCUGAAGGCUGAAGCCGUCUGUGCCCAGCCACAAGUGAGUCAAUCGUCGUCCAGUGGCGCCACGGUGCGGUUAAGCCACGGGUAUGGCCCGUGCUCGCCGGCACCGUCCACUGACGAGCCAACCAUCACGGAGCUGCUCCACAGCGACCAACUCCGAGCCAAUUACGUCCAGCGGAAGUUCUCUGCUGGGAAGAACGGCACCGAGCCAUCGGACCUCACGGUGCCGACCACUUUGGGAUCCGCCCUCGGCACGCUGCAGUACGUGAUCACCGUCGGCAUCGGCUCCCCGGUGGUGAUCCAGACCAUGAUGGUCGACACCGCCAACGACGUGUCGUGGGUGUACUGCCGCUCCUCCAACGGGUCGACGCUCUUCGAUCCCAGCAAGUCCACCACCUACGCCCCGUUCUCCUGCACCGCCCCGGAGUGCACGCAGCUCGGCACCCGAGGCAACGGCUGCGCAAACUCCGAGUGCCAGUACAAUGUCGACUACGCCGCGGUCGCGAACAGCACCGGAACGUACGGCUCCGACACGCUGACGCUGACCAGCUCCGAAACCGUCACCAGCUUCCAGUUCGGCUGCAGGGAGAACGAGGGCGCGGUAGCCGGCAAGACCGACGGGAUCAUGGGCUCGUCCGGGUUCCUCACGCUCGGCGCGCCCAGCGACACGUCGGGCUUCGUGUCCACGCCGAUGUUCAGAUGGGGAGCCGUGCCGACGUUCUACGGCGUGCUCCUCCAGGACAUAGCCGUGGACGGGAAGCUCCUCAACAUACCGCCCUCCGUCUUUGCAGACAGGUCGGUGAUGAGCGCCGGAACCAUCAUCUCGCGGCUGCCACCGGCGGCGUACGCGGCGCUCUCGACGGCGUUCAAGGCCGGCAUGACGCAGUACACUGCGGCACCGCCCAGGAGCAUACUGGACACGUGCUUCGACUUCACAGGGCUGACCAGCAUCACGAUGCCCAACAUUACGCUGGUGUUCGACGGCGGCGUGGCCGUCGACCUCGAUGGUAAUGGGAUUCUCAUCGCCGACUGCCUUGCCUUCGCUGCCGCCACCACCCCAGACGGUGUCCCUAGCAUCAUCGGCAACGUCCAGCAAAGAACAAUCGAGGUGCUGCUCGACGUCGGCCAGAGCGUCGUUGGGUUCCGGCCAGCCGCCUGCUGAUCACGCAUCUU